AACAUCAGCAGUAACUGGAAUCCUGGCGCACCUUGGGGAGAACAGAGGGAGGCAUCAGACGAACAAAUCGCACUGAUCAAGCGUGAAUGUGUCCGCCUGUUCAUAACGUGCGCUGGUGGAGUAGUGGUAACACGCUCGCCUCGCUUGUCAGAAAUCCGGAGUUCAAAUCCCGGCACAUCCAACGAUAUGCAGUGCUGGCGAGCUCUAAUAACAGCGAAACUCGAGUCCAGCGCAUCCCCCCUUUCGUGUGGACUCACCAGAAUAAUUGCUCUAGGACAGGAGGACGAUCGUUCAAACGACCUGUGCCGGUGGCAACACUCGCCUCGUAUGUCAUAUGUGCAGGGUUCAAACCUCGGCACCGUCAAGGAUAUAUACUGCUUGAGAGCGAAUCUCGAGUCCAGUACAAUCUCCUUUUGGUGUGGACUCACAAGAAUAGUUUCGCCGACACGGGAGGACGACUGUUCAGACAAGAGUGAUGUGACUAUGAAACGUGAAAAUAACGCAACCAUCCACAACUCCAUCAAAUCAUUUACCCCACUGAGUAUUUCCAUGGGUUCCUGUAGUAUCAGGAAGGUCAGAUUCCCGAAAGCAACCGCUGAGUGCCCGAAAUCCACUGAGACUCUCAGCUCCUCUAGAUGUUCGCCAGACAGACAACGCAGCACUUCGCAGCCUUGUAUCAAACCCAGGCAGCGAGAGUCAGCGUUGAUCAAGGUCAGACAACGCCCCCGCAAUAUGCAGCGCGUCGCAGCUUCGUACCAAGGCCAGACC